AAUUCAUCUUCAAUGUGCUCCGGCUGGCGUUGGAAGUAGUUCCGGUGGCUUAUCAGCGGAGCACGGAGCGCUCAGAGAGCCGGGAUCUUCUGCCGCCGCCGCUGCUGCCGCUGAGCUCAAACGCCAACAGCGGGUCGCAGUGUUUCCGUCAGGAGCGUCGGAUGACCACAAGCAGCCCGGUCAGUUCAGUCUGACUCCGCCAGCCGGAGCGUCGAGCCUGCAAACCCGAGUGACAGCACAAAGAUACCGCUGGAGCUUUUGUCUUCGGAAGGGGGGAAUUUUCAAGUGUACAAUCUGCGGCGUCUGGAAUAUGUAAAAAAAAAAAAAAAAAAAAUCAUAAGAGCUCUAAGCCGGUUCAGUUUUAUUCCUCACGCCGCAGCAGCAUCAGCCGCCGUCACGGUCGCCAGAUGAAGAUUUUGUGAACAUGCACAAGGGGAGGACUUUACCUUUCACAGCGCUGACUUCCCCAGAUGCUUUGGCCAAAAGAAAGAUGGAAGGAAAUGGGAAGAGCUUGAGCCAAGACUGCAGCACAGAACCCAUUCAGUGAGCCAGCAGAAAAUCCCUCCGUACGCCACGUCGCUGAAGCCCCUCUCCUUCUAUUCUUUUGACCCUCCGGAGCAUCGAGCACCAUGACCUCUGAGCUGGAGAGCAGCCUCACGUCGAUGGACUGGCUUCCACAGCUCGGCAUGAGGGCAGCCAUCCAGAAGGCAGACAUGGGACACCACCACAGUCACCUUGGGCAUCAUCACCAUCACCACCACCACAUGCACCAUCACGGGCACAGCCUGGGGAAGAAGAUUGUGCAUCUGGAUCCAGGAACCACACUGGACCAAGAGGAAGCGGCACAGCACAGAGACGGCAAACCCCCCUACAGCUACGCCAGCCUCAUCACCUUCGCCAUCAACGGCUCUCCGCGGAAACGGAUGACACUCAGUGAGAUCUACCAGUGGAUCUGCGACAACUUUCCUUACUACAGAGAGGCGGGCAGCGGCUGGAAGAAUUCUAUCCGACACAACUUGUCAUUGAACAAGUGUUUUCUCAAAGUGCCUCGCUCCAAAGACGACCCUGGGAAAGGCUCCUACUGGGCGAUAGACACCAACCCUAAAGAGGACUCGGUGCCCAGCAGGCCGAAAAAGAGACCACGUUCUUCCUUGAAGGCAUCAACCCCUUACAGCCUGGAGUCAGAGUCCCUGAGAAUGGACUGCAUCAUGUCAGGAGGCGCAUCUCCGACUCUGGCCAUCAGUGCAGCAAAUAACAAGGUAGCGCUGUAUAACCCUGAAGCAGAAGGCGGUGAGAGUCCUGGGAGUCUGGGUGGUAGCCUGAGCAACAGUCUUUCAGAGCAGAGUUUGGCGUCUGUCAGCCUUAACAGCCUGAACCCCGCUGUCAGCAGCAGCAGCAACGUGCACAGCUACACACCAGUGAGAAAUGUACCUGAGCCUUCGUCUCAGUCCUUGAGCCUUCAGCAGUCGGCCCAGGCUCCACCUCCGCCCCAGCAGCCCCAGUACGGUUUACCAGUCCCGGAGUCGCGGGACAAGCAGCUCUGCUUCUCCGACUUCGAGGACCUCAGCGCUUCUUUCCGCAGCCUGUACAAGUGCGUCUUUGAGCAGUCCUUUUCACAACAAGGUUUGAUGAGCAUGCCGAAUGACUCCAGCCAGCAGGCCCGAACAGCCUGUUCCUACCAGCACUCUCCGGGUGCAGGAGGCAGCGUUGGCCACCGCCACCAACACAACCACUGCCAGGCGUCGCACCACGCCCACCACCCUCACCUGUCCCCUCACAGGCACCAGGUGCACGGGCCGCAUGGCCAGCACCGGCCACACAACUCUCUCUCCCACCAGAGUCAUGCUGUCCAGGCUCCAGGCAUGUCAUCCGACUGGUACCCAAACCUGGACUGGCUGAAAGAGAGCUGCCGCAUCGCAACCAGCUACAACUGGGCUGAUGUGGAUCUCUCUCCCUUUCAAGCUCUGAAGGAGACCAUGAGGCAAGCCGAACUCAACAACUGGACCCUUGAUGCCACUCAGAUGGCUGACCUGUGUUCUUCAAUCAACCAGUUCUUCACAGCCACAGGGGUCAUCCCACCUCAGAGCGCGACCCACCCACAACCUCAGGUCCAACACCCAGCAGCGCCGUCAGCAACGCAGCACCCUGCUCCCAUGCACCCAAAGCCCGGCCACCACAGUCAGCAUGGGCAACACAACCAACACAUUGGAACAGGGAACAUGUACAUGGACUCAAGACAGAACAUUUCUUCUCUGAUGGGCCCACCAGGAUACCCUCACAUGCCUCCAAUGAGCAACACGGCGCCCGGCAUGACAGGUCAUCACAGCCAGCUGAGCCAGCAGCAGCACACUCUGCCUGCGGGGCACUUUCAGGUGAGACGCAUCCUUGCUGCUGAGGACAUCCAGGACGACUUUGACUGGGACUCCAUUGUCUAAAGCUGAACUGUGAGUCAAAAUAAGAGAAAAGAGACCAGGCGGGACAAUACGAAUAUGAGUUUUGUAGUGGACAACCACCUCUGUUCACCGAAGUGAAGAAACGGAUGACAAUCCAGAAAGUAAUGGAAGUAAUUUUCUAAAAUCUUGUUGGCCUUUUUUUCUAAUACAAGUGGCUGAGGGGUCCAAAAGACAAUCAUUAUUGAAAAAAAAAAGGAAAAAAAAAGAAGAAUUACAGGAAAGACUUUUAUUGUGUGGGGCAGCGCCAAGUUGUAAACACAAUGUUUAAAGAGUCACAGGUCGCCAAAGUAUUGUCAAAUCCUCUGUGUAUUUUCAUUUUUUUCCCUCAGAUGCGUUUCCUGCAACAGCUGAUGUCAUGUUAAAGUUCCCGCUGAUAAAAGAAAUGGACAGAAAACUCUAAGCCUGCAGCAGAUUGCUGCACAUGAAUUAUAUUUCUUACAAACACAAUGAGCAUGUUCAGAUAUUUCAACUUUUUCUUGGUGUAAGCAUUUUUUUUGCCCUUUAACUGGGCCUCUUUAUGCUGCUGUGGAUCUGGACAAAAGAAGAUGCAGGAAAAUGUGGUUGAGUGGAGCGCCAUCUACUGGUCAAAACUGGAAUACUUUUCAUGCGCCACAAUACAAUCUUCCGGGAUAUUUUCUCUGCCUUUUCAGACAUAUUUGUUUCUAAAAAUGUAUAAUAAUCUGGUAUGCUCAAUUUUCAUGCUCUCAGGGUGAAAUGCUCACAUGCAUCUCCACUUUUGUGCCAUUUCUGAAUGAAAAUGUCCCUCCUCUGACCUGGCACUAACAUGUAUCCUGGCUGGUUUGGUCUCAGUUUUAAGUUUUCACUCUUAUUAGUAAAAUAUAUCAUGAGAUGAACCAACGUCAUAUAUAGUGCUUUAGAUAAAGCAUUUUUCCUUAAAGAUUUCAGUUUUUGUCUUUUUAAAAAACUUCCAAUUCGUUAUAAUCAAAACAGUUUUAGUAUCAGACAGAGAUAGCCAGAGUAAAAACCAACCUGGGUAUUUGUGAAAAACUUAAUUGUUGCCUUCGCUGAUUAUGAAUUAACACUAUUUAACAGGAUUAACUGGAAAGCAGAGUUGAAUUUCACAUGUAAACCAGAUCAAGAAAUACUUAAAAUAGAACCUGUCUAACAACGUGGAGCAGGAAGUUCAGCAAUAUGUACAUCUAUACUCCUCUAACUAAAAGUAUAUUGGGGCUACGAUCAUGCUUAUAAGUUAGAAAAAAUGCAUUACCUGCAUUCCUUGUAUUGAAAUUGUAUUUGUACUAUUUAUUUAUAUGUAUUUAUUUAUUUAUAGGAGUCUGUGAAAAACAAAUAGUUCACCUGGCUUCCCCCCCCCCGGCCUAGAAUUAAGUUUUUUUUGUUUGUUUGUUUGUUUUUUAAUGUGAGACUAUGAUACAGCUAUACAACAUAAAUUUAUUUUAGACCUUUUUACCCAUCUUUGCCAAAAACAAUCGAAACAAACACUACAGAGGGAACUCACAUCCUGCUACGUUCCCUGAGAUAGGUGUUUAAUUGUAAAUUAGCCUGAGUUCAGUGUGUCCUGAGCUCAUCCACACGUCUGUUUAGGGUCAUUUGAGAGUGACCUGCGCACCCAGGACAGGUGUUAGUGCCAGGUCUCAAUGGGACUUGCGUUGGUUCGACUCUGUGCCGUGUGUUUAGAUCCCGUUUAGCUUCGGCUAACAGGAAAUGGUCAGCUCCAUAUGCUGAAAAGUCAAUUAUUAUUGUGGAAUAAGCUUUGCGGCAGGUGAGAGAGCAGCAGCAUAUCAAGUUGGGAAGCAAGUUGCAGGCCAGACUUGGACUUCCUUAAGACUUGUACCCAGUUUUUGAUGUAUAAUUUACCAGGUGGACCCUCUAUAUUUCUGAGGGGAACGUGCGCAGAGCUUCUGAACAGACUGAAGGAGUUGAUUGAUCAUUUGUGAUGCCUGAAUUAGGGAAAAAGAAAUAGCAGGUUUUGCACAACACUAAGUCUGAGAGCAUCUACUUAAUAAAAGAAAGACAUGUUGUUUUUCUCUUUUUGCAGAACUAAAAAGAAGAGACAAAAUGCUCUGGUUUGUUCAUUGUGACGUUUCUUUUGUCUGUGUACAGUUCUGUAUUGUCUCCGAUUUUUAUCAGUGUACAGCUUCAUAAGGCUAAAAAAAUACACUAAAAAAUAAAGGAAUUUCUUUGUAGUAACAUUUUGAGCUCAUAUUUCCUUCUGUGAAAUAUUGAAUCUUAAAGUGUUAUUUGUUUCAGAGAAGCUUGAUCAAUAAUUAGGCGGUCACAAAACAAUCAUUGUAUGGACAACAACAACAAAAAAAAGGGAAAUGCUCCUUAUUGCCAUUCAGUGCUGUGUUACAGUGACCAGCAUAUGUAUAUCUUCUCUGUUUCUAUGUUGUCGUCUUUGUAAAUAACUGUGUUAAUCCUCUGUUUUUGCCCUUGAAAAACACAGACUGAAAAGCAAAGGAAGCUGCAAAUGGAGACAGGAUUUUGUUACGUGUCCUUCUGGAUUUGCAUCAUGUACAUAAUUUCAGUAUACUGUAAAGAAGUGAUCUAGAAAAACAGACAAAAAAAAAAAAAACUGGGAUUGGCAAGCUGUGUGUCCAAAAAUAUUCUGUGUAUGGCGGUUAAAAUAUGUUAAGUGUUUAUUAAAAUGUCACAAGCCAUUUUUACUGCUCUAA